AUGGGUAUCGACCUGGACCGCCACCAUGUGCGGAGCAGCCACCGCAAGGCUCCCAAGAGCGAGAACGUCUACUUGCAGGUGUUGGUGAAGCUUUACCGCUUCCUUGCCCGCCGUACCGAGUCCAACUUCAACAAGGCUGUUCUCCGCCGUCUCUUUAUGUCGAGGAUUAACCGCCCCCCUGUUUCGCUCUCGCGUGCCGUCGCGAACAUCAGCGAGGCUCAGAAGGGCAAGACUAUCGUCGUCAUCGGUACCGUUACCGAUGACAACCGCCUCCUGAACGUUCCCAAGCUCUCGAUCGCUGCUCUCCGCUUCACUGCCACCGCUCGCGCUCGCAUUGAGAAGGCUGGUGGUGAGACUUUGACCCUGGACCAGCUUGCUCUCCGCGCUCCCACCGGUGCCAACACCCUCCUUCUCCGUGGACCCAAGAACGCUCGUGAGGCCGUGAAGCACUUCGGCUUCGGUCCCCACACCGACAAGAAGCCCUACGUUGCCAGCAAGGGCCGCAAGUUCGAGCGUGCCCGUGGUCGCAGAAGGUCCAAGGGUUUCAAGGUCUAA